AUGAACUCUACCGCAAGCGGCGCUGCGGAUUUUUCAGCAGCAGACAAUAGCGCAGGGAGGAGGCAGCAACGCACUCCAUCACCAGCGUGGCCCGGCGACGCCGCCUCCAAAUCAGCCACGAAAGGCAUCAGUAGUCGUUCUGCAUCCGUCACCUCGAAACAAGGAACUAAAGUCAGCAAAGGGUCGUCUGUUUCGGGAUUUAGAUCCAACGGGAGUCGGGAAAGACGGGUGGUAACCGUUAGAGGCGCGGCAUCAGCAGCUGUUCACCCGGAUGGUGCUGAAACCGAUGCAACCUGCACGAGUGGGGUGGAUGCGGUCUGGGAAACCGAGGAGCGGGUCGAUUAUCCUCCACCGGACUCGCGGCGCUCGCUGCGUUUGCCUUGCUUCAGAAGCAACACCCAGUCUCGGCUCAUUUCCGUGCAACCAGACGGGUCCUCCGGUGUUGUGAAAGGGAAAGGGAAGCCCCGGGUUGGGGAGGAGAGAGAGGCCACUGACGGCUGCGGCAAGACAAACGUUGGAGAGUACGUGGGCUGCGGACCGGCUUUGUGGGGCGGGGGCUGCCUGCAGACAGAGAUAAUCCAGUAUCACAUCAACAAGCGAUUAAAGAAAGGUGUCAAGAUGCAGAGUAAAACAUCGAGCGCGCCAGCGGCCCAGGGUGAAACGGAACCUGCUGCACAGGCCACGAGCGCCGAGCCCAUGACACAGCAAGACCAGGCCUUGCAGGACGAGAUUGAAAGACUGGUGGAAGAAAAUGAGGACCUCAAGAAUGAGAUCGAAGAGAUGCGAACGGAAAUGGACGAGAUGCGCGACACCUUUUACGAGGAGGACACCUGUCAGCUGCAGGAAAUGCGGCGUGAGCUCGAGCGUGCCAACAAGAAUUGCCGCAUCCUCCAGUACCGACUACGGAAAGCCGAGCGCAAGCGCCUCCGUUACGCUCAAACUGGCGAGAUCGACGAAGAACUACUCAGGAGCUUGGAGCAAGAUCUGAAGGUUGCCAAAGACGUAUCCGUGAGGCUUCACCAUGAGCUGGAGAAUGUGGAGGAGAAACGGUCAAAGACAGAGGCAGAAAAUGAGAAACUGAGGCAGAAGCUGAUAGAGGUGGAGGUGACCAAACAAGCUUUGCAGAACGAGCUGGACAAAGCCAAAGAAUCUCAGAAAAGACGGGGCAGUAGGGAUGCACAGAAAUCUGAGAGAAAAACUACUCCGACACCCACUGAGGAGGAGAAUGAGGACUUGAAAUGCCAGCUGGCUUUUAUUAAGGAGGAGGCCACACUCAUGAGGAAGAAGAUGGCCAAGGUUGACAAGGAAAAAGAUCGACUAGAACAGGAGCUGCAGAAGUACCGCUCUUUCUACGGGGAUCUGGACAGCCCUCACCCUAAAGGGGAAGCAGGAGGUCCCCCUACCACCCGUGAGUCCGAGCUGAAACUCCGCCUCAGACUGGUGGAGGAGGAGGCUAAUAUCUUGGGCCGUAAGAUUGUGGAGCUGGAGGUGGAGAACCGUGGCCUGAGGGCAGAGCUGGAUGACCUACGAGGGGAGGAACUAUCAAAUGGGGGUGGAGCCGGAGCAGCCGGAGGAGGCAUGGCCAGGGAACAGGGGGCGGAGUUAUCCGAGCUGCGCCAGCAGCUGCAGCUAGUAGAGGAUGAAGCGGAGCUUUUGAGACGGAACUUGGCUGACAUGGAGGAGCAGAACAAGAGGGUGACGAGCGAGCUAAACAAACUGAGGUUCAAAGAGGGUACGCGACACACGGGUGGGGCCUCAGGUGGAGGUGGAGAUGGUUCCAAAGCUGAGGCUCUGCAGGAGGAGCUGAAAGCAGCACGGCUACAGAUUAACGAGCUGAGUGGGAAGGUCAUGCAGCUCCAGUACGAGAAUCGCGUGCUACUCUCCAACAUGCAGCGGUACGACCUGGCCUCCCAUCUUGGUGUCUCGCCCCGGGACAGCGAUGCAGAGAGCGACAGCGGGGCGGGCGGGGGCAUUGCUGGAGGAGGAGUCGGGCGUAGGGAGAGUGAUGAUGACUCCUCUUCAUCUCGUCUCCCGCCACACCGCAAACGCGAGGGCCCCGUAGGAGGUGAGAGCGAUUCCGAAGAGGUGCGCAACACCCGCUGCCUGACGCCUACACGUUCCGUCUAUUCGCCCGACUCCGCCCGCUUCCUGUCACGUUCCAUAAGGGAUCGGCAGCAGAUGAUUGACAUCCGGGCAGAGGCCGAACGCCUCGGCCGUACCAUCGACCAACUAAUUGCAGACACCAGUGCUAUCAUAGCCGAGGCGCGGGUGUAUGUUGCUAACGGCGACUUGUUUGGCCGUUUAGAGGAAGAUGAUGAAGGUAGCAGGAUAAGGGAGCAUGAAUUGCUGUACCGUAUCAAUGCCCAGAUGAAGGCGUUCCGUAAAGAGCUGCAGGGAUUCAUAGACCGUCUGGAGGUGCCCAAGCCUGAGGAGACAGAGACAGAGGAGCCUCUGUCUAUGUUUCAACCUAUCAUUUUGCUCAUUCUAAUUCUGGUGUUGUUCUCCUCGUUGUCCUAUGCCACCAUUUUUAAACUUGUUUUCCUUUUCACACUUUUUUUUGUCCUGUGA